AAAUUGUAAACAAUUAACUAUUUAGUUUUAGCUAAGUUUUGGCCAAAUACUUCUUGUAUUUUUUGAAAAACUGUAUAUUAACUUUUUGAGGACGAAAAAAUCUGUUACUUGAUUAAGACUGUGCAAAUAGUGAUUUAACUAGCCGUGCCUACGUACAUUUAAACAUUCGCAAAGAUUGACCCAAAAUGUUCCGACCGCAACUCUUACAUCAAGUGAGGAGAGCACAUACGACAACUUGGAAGAAAAAUCCUCAAUUGGAUUCAAUAAUUCGCGUCGACCAUGCUGGAGAACUCGGGGCAGAUCGUAUAUAUGCAGGGCAGAUGGCAGUCCUGGGGAACACAGCUGAGGGGCCACUGAUCAAGCACAUGUGGGAGCAAGAGAUUAAACAUAGAGAGAAAUUUGAAGAACUCAUCUCGAAAUAUCGUGUGCGACCAACCGUUAUGACCCCUCUGUGGAAUAUAGCAGGAUUCGCGCUCGGGGCUGGUACAGCACUCUUAGGAAAGGAAGCAGCGAUGGCGUGUACAGUAGCAGUCGAAACUGUCAUAGUGGAUCACUACAAUGAUCAGCUCCGGACCCUCAUGGAAGAUCCUAACGUCGACAAAGAAAUCCUGGAAACGAUCACUAAGUUCAGGGACGAAGAACAAGAACAUCACGACACGGGCAUCGACCACGGAGCCGAACAAGCUCCCUUCUAUAAAGCCUUAACCGAAGUCAUCAAGACUGGUUGUAAAGUCGCUAUUUCUAUAUCGAAGAAGAUUUAGGCAGUGACGGUCAGCAAAAGAUAUAAACUGAGUGGUUUUUUUUUAGUUCAAUAUUUUAGUUUUCUUUAGUUCGUUACAGUAUUUACUUAAAUAUUUUAAUAUAAAAUGAUUCAUGGAGAUCGUUUGUCAACGUACAUGCUUGUUAUGCUGAUUGUAACGAAAGUUUUCUAUACCGAAGCAACGAAUAUUAUUGAAUAUGUUACGG